UUUUGAACAUUUGGAGUACAAAUUCAAAUUACCCCUACCUUUAAACAAAAAUUGUUUAUGUACAAUAAAGAAUGUUUAACACGUUGAGUUUUACUCGUAAUUAGAGCAAUUACUGAAAAAUUGGUAUAUGCCGUCCCCAAAAGAAAAAAACUUAGCAAUCAUGAAGCGUCCUCUGCACCAGCACUCCCAAAAAGCCAUUUUCGCCAUCAAAAUCUUCCAUCCUUUAAAUUUACCUCUGAUCUGUUAUUGCUCAGCUUCAGCUUCUUUUAUUCACCAUUCCUUCUUUUCUUCAACGCCAGAGCAUAAUUAUGACUAACACUUCCAAUGACUCUUCUUCUUCCUUUGCUUUUUUCUGCAUUUCAAAUUUCUCUGCAUUCUUCAUAUUAUGUACCGCCAUUAAUGCUAACUCUGUCCCAAAUCGUCCGAUUGAGUUAAUAUCACUUUUGUCAUUGAAAUUGUCGUUUCAAGACCCUUUAAACACCUUCAGUGAUUGGGACUAUCCAUCCUCUGCAUUUUCAGGGCCUGUUUGGUGCUCCUGGUCGAGAAUAGAAUGUAACAACAGCACCGGCGUUAUCACCGGCGUUGAUCUUUCCGGCAGAGGUCUCUCCGGCAGUCUUCCUGAUGAUAUCCGGAACUUGGUGUACCUCCGUCACCUGAAUUUGAGUUCUAAUAUUCUGGGCGGUUCUUUGCCGCCAGUGCUUUUCCAGUUCCCGGAUCUCCAGACACUGGACAUUAGUCACAACAACUUUAGCUUCACAUUUCCCCCCGGAAUUUCAAGACUCCGGUCACUGACUCACUUUGACGCUUUCAGUAACAACUUCACCGGUCCUUUGCCGGAAGACAUGGCCGAACUCCGGAACCUGGAGCACCUCAACCUCGGCGGCAGCUACUUCGACGGGGAAAUCCCAGCGAGUUAUGGGAAUUUACUGAACCUGAAGUUCCUAUACCUCGCCGGGAACUUACUCACGGGUCCAAUCCCGCCGGAGCUUGGUUUCUUGAACAAACUCGAACAUUUCCAGCUCGGUUCCAAUCAGUACACCGCCGGGAUCCCACCGGAAUUCGGGUCAUUGUCUAAUUUGGUUUAUCUGGAUAUCCAAUCUGCGAACCUCUCCGGUCCCCUUCCACCGGAGUUAGGGAACCUGAAAAGGCUCGAAUUUCUCAUUGUUUACAACAACAGUUUUACGGGUCCAAUUCCGUGGGAAUUCGGGAAUCUGACGUCCUUAACAGAGCUCGACUUGUCGGAUAAUUUCAUCUCCGGCGUCCUCCCGAGCUCGCUGUCGUCUCUGCAUAAUCUCCGGUUGUUAUCGUUGAUGUAUAAUAACUUGACGGGGGAGAUUCCUGAGGGUUUUGGUGAGCUCCCCGAGCUUGAAAUACUGAGUCUGUGGUCGAACUCUUUAUCUGGGACUUUACCCCAAAGAUUGGGCUCAAAUGCUAAGCUCCAGAAGCUUGACGUCUCUACCAAUUCUCUGUCCGGUCCAAUUCCUCCUCAUCUUUGUCACGGUAAUAGGCUGGGGAAAUUGAUCCUAUUCAACAACAACUUCACAGGAGAGUUGCCGGCGUCGCUUGCAAAUUGUUCAACGUUAUAUCGGAUCAGAAUUCAAAACAACAAUCUGAAUGGCUCAAUUCCACCCGGUUUGGGCCUCUUAAGAAAUUUGACUUUGAUGGAUAUCAGCCAGAACAGCUUCACCGGUCCAAUUCCACCAGAAUUCGGUAACGCCGCCGGGAACCUUGUAAGUUUGAACAUGUCCCACAAUUCGUUCCGAGGUGAAUUGCCAGACAACAUUUGGGAUUCCCCCAGUCUUCAGAUCUUCUCUGUUAGCUAUAAUAAUCUCUCCGGCAACAUUCCCGACUUCACGGGGUGUAAAAUGUUGUCCAACAUUGAGCUCCAAGGAAACAACCUAUCCGGCAGCAUCCCAUGGAACAUUGAGCAUUGUGAGAAGCUUAUCAUGUUGAAUUUACACCGGAAUUCUCUCUCCGGGAUUAUCCCGUGGGAGAUUUCCGCUCUCCCUUCCAUUUCCGAUGUCGAUUUGUCUUAUAACUUCCUCUCCGGCACAAUUCCCUCCGAUUUCGGAAAUUGUACGACCCUCGAGAGCUUCAAUGUCUCUUACAAUCGGCUCGUAGGCCCCAUACCGUCUAUCGGCUCGGUAUUCUCAACUCUCCACCCGUCCUCGUUUACCGGAAAUGAGGGUUUAUGUGGUGUGGCGGUCCAUAAACCCUGCGAGACUAGGGGACCUAGCGCGGGUGUCGCGGGGCAGAAAACCCAACCGAAGAAGAAGGCGGGACCCAUUGUGUGGAUCGCGGCCGCAGUGUUCGGAACAUGCUUGGUUGUGCUUGUUGUUAGUACACGGUGGUUGAACCCGCAGUACACUUUGAAGUUCUCAGGUGAGAGAGACAUCGGCCCGUGGAAGUUAACGGCAUUCCAACGUUUGAAUUUUACCGCCAAUGAUGUCUUGGAAUGCGUGACAAUGAGCGACAAGGUUAUUGGAAUGGGGUCCAUGGGGACCGUGUACAAGGCCGAGAUGCCAAGUGGUGAGAUCAUAGCGGUGAAGAAGUUGUGGGGUAAGCAAAAGGAAACCGUCAAGAAGCGGCGUGGUGGGGUGUUGGCCGAGGUAGAUGUUUUAGGUACGGUGAGACAUCGGAACAUUGUUCGAUUACUAGGGUGUUGCAGAAAUGGGGAGUGUACAAUGUUGUUAUACGAAUACAUGCCUAAUGGAAGCCUUCAUGAUUUACUUCACUCCAAAACUAAGGUAACGGAUUUGGGAGUGGAUUGGAUGUUAAGGUACAAGAUUGCCCUCGGGGUGGCUCAAGGAAUUUGUUAUUUGCACCAUGACUGUAAUCCGAUCAUAGUACAUAGAGAUUUAAAGCCGAGCAAUAUUCUUCUGGAUGGUGAAAUGGAAGCUAGGGUUGCUGAUUUUGGUGUCGCAAAGCUAAUCCAAAGUGACGAAUCUAUGUCAGUUAUUGCUGGUUCUUAUGGUUACAUUGCCCCAGAAUAUGGUUACACAUUGCAAGUUGAUGAGAAGAGUGACAUUUACAGCUACGGAGUAGUGUUGAUGGAAGUAAUUACGGGUAAAAGAUCAGUGGAAGCGGAAUUUGGAGAAGGUAAUAGUGUGGUGGAUUGGGUUAGAUCGAAGCUGAAUAAGGGCAAAGAUGGAAUCAACGAGGUGCUGGAUAAAAGAAUGGGUGGAUGUUCUUGCCCUUUGGUGAAAGAAGAAAUGAUGUUAUUGCUUAGGGUUGCUUUGUUGUGCACUUCUCGUAAUCCGGCGGACCGUCCCUCCAUGAGGGAUGUUGUGUCCAUGUUACAAGCUGCCAAGCCUAAAAAACUCUUGAGUGCUAAAUAAUAUAAUUACUUUUGCUUGAAAUUUUUAUUUUUUCCUUCUCAUUUACCUACUUAAUUUUGUAAAACUUUUU